AUGAGUAGAAUUGACGUAUCCGAACCGAGUAAUACAUCUAGUACGACUGAGGAAAUCACUACGAAUGAGCAUAAGCUAAAUCAAAUGGAGAGAGGCUUUUUGACAGCACUCGUCAAACUACUGCUUCAUGAUGAAACUGAACAAGCCUGCCGAGUAGCGACACUAUUCUCCAGACUCGAAAACAAUCCAUUAGACCCACUUUAUGAGGGUAUAGGGCGUAUCCAAACUAUCGUGAAAUAUGUGUGCGCCGAAAGUCCAACGAAGGAACGAGUGCGGUCAGAUCUAGAACAAUUGGUUACCCAGCACCUCUCUCGUAAUUCCGAUGUCGCUGCUGGUGAUUCCGUUCCCAAGCCUGAGAGCGACGCUGGAACAUCCGUUAAAAAUAUUACGUCAGAUUCUCGGCCUCAAAAAAAAAGACGCACGGUACCGGUAGAUAAGAAACAACGCGGUAAACAACACGAUAAACAACGUGACAAUCGCGCAAACACCGCUCCGCUGUUAUUAGAAUGGAGGAAUAAUAUACCGAACAGCCCUUUUAUCUAUUACCAACAACCGCCAUCUUCCAAUCCAGUAGGUCAACCGGUAUUGCCAUCCAAUCAUAUGUCGCAUCAAUUUCAGAAUAGUCCGAGCCUCGAAACGACAACAGAGACCAACAUCAACUUUACUAUUACGUUUGAAGAACCUGAAUCAUGCGAGCUUCCAACCGACGAACUAUACGAACAUCAACCAAGUUGUGUGAUGAACGUAAGUUUUCCAUAA